AAGAGCUAGAGAGAGAAAGAGUUUCUCCCUCGAUUCUCCCUUUCCUUCAUCUCUGCACUUUCCUUCCUUUUCCCUCUUGAGAAUAAUAUAUAUAUAAUCCCUACUUUCCCCAGAUUCCGCUCCUUUUCUUCUUCUUAUUCUUCUUCCUCCACUUUCUCUCUCUACUCCCACCACGAUUCCGGAGGAGAGAGAAAGAGAGAGAGUGAGCUCGCCGGUCGCCGAGCUCUCCGCCCCCGCCGUCCGGCCAUGGACGCCAGAUCCCAGCCGCGGUUCCCGCCCGGCCGGCAGUCCUCCCUCGCGCCCGACGAGGCCCCCGCCGACCUCGGCGACGGCGGCCCCGGCCCGGAGGCGGUCGGCCCCGGGGUCCGCCUCAUGUACGCUGCCAACGAGGGCGACCUCGACUCGAUCCGGGAGCUCCUCGACUCCGGCGCCGACGUCAACUUCAGGGACAUCGACGGCCGGACGGCCCUCCACAUCGCGGCCUGCCAGGGGAGGACCGACGUCGUCCAGCUGCUGAUCGACAGGGGCGCCGUCGUCGAUCCUAAGGAUCGCUGGGGAAGCACGCCUCUUGCGGAUGCGAUAUAUUAUAAGCACCAAGAAGUGAUAAAGCUCUUGGAGAAGAAUGGCGCGCAUCAUCCGAUGGCUCCCAUGCACGUCCAAAAUGCUCGGGAGGUCCCUGAAUACGAAAUCAAUCCAAGUGAGCUUGAUUUUUCGAGUAGCGUGAAUAUAACAAAGGGAACUUUUCGAAGUGCAUUAUGGCGUGGAAUCCAAGUUGCUGUCAAAACACUAGGGGAGGAAGUGUUGAGUGAUGAGAAUAAAAUAAAGGCUUUUGGGGAUGAGCUAGCACUUCUUCAGAAGUUGCGCCAUCCAAACAUCGUCCAAUUUUUGGGUGCCGUCACACAGAGCAGUCCCAUGAUGAUUGUCACAGAAUAUCUUCCACAGGGUGAUCUGAGAGCAUAUUUGAAAAGAAAAGGUGCAUUGAAACCCAUAAUUGCUGUGAGGUUUGCACUGGAUAUUGCAAGGGGAAUGAAUUAUUUGCAUGAGCAUAAACCAGAAGCAGUAGUACAUCGAGAUCUGGAGCCUUCAAAUAUACUGCGGGAUGAUUCUGGGCAUCUGAAAGUUGCAGACUUCGGAAUCAGCAAAUUGCUUAAAGUUGCAAAGACAGUCAAAGAAGAUAUAAAAGUUACUCGUCAAGACACUUCCUGGCGAUAUGUGGCUCCAGAAGUUUAUAAAAAUGAAGAAUAUGAUAUUAAGGUGGAUGUGUUUUCAUUUGCUUUGAUCUUGCAAGAGAUGAUUGAAGGUUCUGUGCCGUUCCCUUCAAAAACAGAAUAUGAGGUUCCUAAAUGUUAUGUCUCAAAUGAGCGUCCGCCUUUUAAAGCUCCAGCAAAGCAUUAUGCUCAUGGUUUGAAAGAUUUAAUUGAAGAAUGCUGGAAUGAAGAGCCAUUGAAGAGGCCAACAUUCAGCCAAAUAAUUAAGAGAUUGGAUCAAAUUUAUGUCCAGCUUAAUCGUUCCAAUAUAUGGAAGGUGAGACCCUUCGAAUGUUUCCAGAACUUUCGGGAAAUUUUUAAGAGGGAUCGCCUAAAUCCAAGCACUCGAUCUUCUCGCUACUCAACAAUGUGAAAAUAUCGAUCACUCCAUUUCUCACAGCUUUGGUGCUGGUCCUGCUGGACGAGCAAUCUUUUUGGCAGAUCUUGUCAUGCAUGCAGCACUCUGUUCCUUAUCAUUCCAUCAAUGCUGUUCUGCAUCUUGAUGAUUUGAAUUUAACGCCCCAUCAUCAUAUGCUUUCAACAUGUGUGCCAAGACAUUGUACAGAUUUUGCGGGCCAGUACCUGCCUUCUCUGUAUAGUCAUAAAGAAAAUGAUUUUCAGCUAUUUCUGCUUUGUUCUCUAUAAGCUGCUUUCAGUGAGUUGAGGCCUGCCUCCAUUCACAAAAGUCAUUGUGUUGCAAGAUACGUCCACCGAAAUUGAAUGCGGAGCUUGGACUAACUUUGGAUUGACUUUGCCGUGAUGAAGUGCAAAGAGAGCGAGUAAUUCCCGAUGUCGGUCCUUGGGCAUUUGACUGAGUUGGAUUUCAAUUGUGGAUUGGAAGCAGAGUUCUCAUCUUUUUUCUCUUUUGUCAUGGAACUAUCUUAAUCGUGUUCAUUCUGUUUCGUAUUUGGCUCUGUAAUACACUGAUCGGUCAUCAACAAGAGGCUGACUGUUAAGAGGUGUGUACAAUCGGAACCUGACGGGGAGUUCAUGUUAUGAUCGAUAAACCGUUGUUGUGUA